AUGAAUGUAAAGGUAACUGUUAAUGGUUAUCACAGCAGACUUCAAACCACUGGUAAACUGCCUGGAAGGGUGUUCGUCAUAAUGCCUCAGACCUCAAUCUGGCUGAGUGGGGCCCACGAGCUUCAGUUCAACAACUGCGAGAAAGCCAAAGAGGCCCAAAUCCACGGGAUCGAGACCUUGAUCUACAUCCCAACUUCCGACGGUGUUCUUGAAAUGGGUUCCUCCGGUUUGAUCAGAGAGAACUGGGGGUUGAUCCAGCAAGCCAAGUCGUUGUUCGGGUCGGAUCAGCCCGACCCGAAAACAAGACCGCUCGACAAGAAGAAGAACGGAGCUCCGAUCCCAAACCCGGACUUCGUAGAUUCCGACUGCCAGAUGAAAAGAGCGCCAAAGAAAAGGGGCCGGAAAUCUGGGCUGGGCCGAGACACACCGCUCAACCACGUGGAGGCGGAGCGGCAGCGGCGGGAGAAGCUCACCUCGCAAGGGCGGCGUUAG